CUGCGCAUUUAUUAAAAUUGUUUGAUAAAGGUAAUAAAGGCAUCAUUCAAAACUUUUCGAUCGAGAUAUGGAGAAUAGUAAUAUUGAAGGAACAGAAGUUAUUCAGGCUUUAGGUCGCCCUUUUCAACUGGGUAUGCUAUACAAUGCUUAUAGUGAUACUAUCGUCCCUGGCUUGACUCUAUGGUCGAGAGAGAAACUUGAUUCAGAUAUUGAUACUAACGAGCAUCCCUACACUGAUUUUGAUGUUCAAGUGGAGAAUUCUUUUCAGAAUAAAAUUGAGGCUCUUGAGGCUAAAGGUCAGUUGAAACUAUCUCUAAUGCUAGGCUUAGCUGAAAUUGGCGGGUUUGCUAAAUACAUGAAUGAAACGCAAACGUCCGAAAAAGUUGCAAGAGUUACACUACGUUAUAAAAGUACGACAAGAUUUGAUCAAUUAUUAGAUCAUACUAGUCCUGAAAAUAUCGAAAGAUCGGAAAACUUAGACAUAGAUUAUGCAACUCACGUUGUUGUUGGUAUAACUUAUGGCAUGAAAGCUUUUAUUGUUUUUGAACAAGAAACAACAGGUAAAUCGGAAACGGAUGAGAUAAAAGGUAAAUUGAAAGCCGAAAUUGACACUUUUACUAAUAGCGGUAAAGCAAAAGUUGGCAGUUCGGCGAAGACUGAAGACUCUGACGAAAUUUCUAAAGUCAAAUGUAAAGUUUUCUGCGAUUGCCAGCUAGAAUCAAAUCCAACAACAUUCGAGGAGGCAAUUGAAUUUUACAGGAGUUUACCAAGUUUCUUAGAAGGCGAGAAUAAGGUGAAAGCUGUCCCUCAAGAAGUUUAUCUACUUCCUCUAACGUUUUUGAGCGGCGAUGCACUACCAGCAAAGCUGCGAAAUGAAGCUCCUAAAUUAAAUAUAGAAGCUUUUACAACCUUUCUUGAAAAUGUGAUAUCAUACUUAGACAGUUGCUUAUCUGUCAUAGACGAAAUCUUUGAAGAUGAGAUUUCGCAAAAUUUUGAGCACAUGUAUCGUAGAUUGAGAAAAUUCAAACAAAAUGUAAAAAAGUAUAAGGACGAUCUUAUCAAUCUAUGUAAACAAAUUGUGCCCCUCAGUAGACGAUCGAACAAUAAUUCUGACUUGGAAAAGAUUGUAGAGGAUCACAAUAAAAGUCCAUUUUUGGAGGAUGUCCUAGAAAAAUGGAUAAAUGAGUAUCGCGACGAGGUGGCAAUCUUAAAGGGUUUUGCUGAACGACUAAGUUCCGAUGACGAAGAAAGUUUUAGGACUACACAUGGUGAAUUAGCUAAUAUUUUAAUUCGUUCAAACAAGGUUGUCUGCCUUGAAUUAAGAAUUGAAUAUGAUGGAGAUGAUAUAUUAAAUAUGAUGGAUAAAUUCUUAUUCGAACCAGACAAUUCGGAGCUGUUAAAUUUAGAUAAUUAUCAAAAAGAUGCUUGGUACAAAGAAAUAUGGCGCAAUAUCAAUUCAAAAGUCAUCGACUUCGUUGACUUUAGAAAUAAAACAGAGGAUGAUUAUAAAUUUAUAGUUAAUGUUAUCGCUCCUAAUCAAAGCAACGAAGAACACAAUAUUGGAGCUUCAAUACUCUAUUACAAAGAUGCCGUAAUGAUAAAAAAAGGACUUCCUGAGCCGGAAAAGCCAGCUGUGGUAGAGAAGCCAAAAUCCAAGAGUUCAUUUUGCAAUCUUCUUUAA